AUGGAGGAGGCAGGUGGGCCCCAGGCCCGGGCCGAAGCCCGAGUGGUGAGUGCCACACUGAUGUGGCGACAGCGGCCUCCUGCCCAGGAAGAGAGCAGACACCGUUUUCACAAGAUGUCUCUGGUGUCAGGGUCACAGAUGGAAGCCCCUCGGGAGGAGAUGUUGGAGUACAACCACCAACGGGAAGAAGUCAAUGGCUUCACCACGCGGGAAGAGGAGACCAUGACCUACCAGGGGCCCCGGGACGGGGCUGGCGUGAAGAGCUUUCAGAGCCAUGGUCCCAUCUUUUCCAAGAAGUACACCCCACCCCCCAAGGAAAAGAGGCCAGUGGGGAGGCCGAAGGAGGCUGUGGACCAGGGUGACGGCAGCCCUCAGCCUCCCAGGAUGGAGCCCCCAGGCUUAGGCACCAUGGCCAGGACCGAGCUCUUGGUGCCCCUGCCUGGGCCCCGGGAGCCAAGCCCUCACCCAUGUAUGGGACUCCCCAGCGAGGGGCCCUGGAUCCAAGAGGAACGGCGGGUGACACGGACUGUGAGGACCACCACAGUGGUGGCAGGGCAGGUGGAGCGCAGGGUGAAAAGCUCUGUGGCCAUGAAUCCGGUGCUGCCGGCUGAGGCCCUAUCCAGGGGGCGCAAUACGGUCCGCAAGAUCCGGACAGUGGUGGUGAAUCCCCAGGCUGAGGGUUCACCCAGCCGCAGCCAGGCCCUGGAGUUGCUAACAAGCCUUGUGCCUACAGAGCGCAGCCCGCCUGCCAGUCGGCUUCCCAGGCCGACAGUCGCUGUGCCCAGGAGCCCAGGGCUGGGUGGCACAGGAGGGGCAGUCCUGGGGCGACUGCCUGAGACUGAAGCAUCAGAGCCAAAGGACAGAUCGAACCUGGGCCCUGUGGGCGUCCCAGAGGGAGCUCACCUACCUCAAUACCAACUUGUUCCUGCAGCCCACCCCGACCAAGACCAGAGCAGAGCUCUGGAGUCCAGGACCCAUGAGGGCUUCAGGGUGCAGGAAGCCUCCAGUCCCCUUCAACUCUCUCCCCAGACUCCUCAGGACCCAGUACCAAGGCCAUUCUGUCCCAGAAUUGAGAUCCAUCCCCCUCCCUUGGACCCAGUGCAAUCCCCAAAGCAGCCUGUGGUGCCCACUCACCUCAGGACCCAGCAUCAUCUCAAGUCCAUGGUGCCUCCUGACUUGCCCUCUUUAAAGAAGGAUUUGCUCCCAGAUACCCCAUCUGCCCCCGUGGUCCCUGAGCAAAUUCUUACUUCAUUCUCUGUAAAUAGGAAGACUGCUUCCAGCUCAGGAUGCCUUCCAGUUCCAUCCUCCCCAAGUAAUAGGGUUAUUCAGGACUCUGAAGAUACUUCUGUUUUCUCUUUUACCCCGAAAGACCUUGCACGGGGCCCCAGUGCUUAUACUGACCCACCUCUCAUCCAGAAAGAGGCCAAGCCCAGCCCUGAUGCACUUACUGCCUCCCCCACAAAAUCAACCAUGGUUGUCCAGGACCCAGAGGCCAGUCCAAGCUCAGCCUCCACUCAAAAAGAGGCUGUCCAGAGUGCUGAAGGCCGCUUAGCCUCUUUUCUCACCAAGAAAGAGAUUGUCCAAGAUCUCCCUGAUCCUGCUUCUGUACCCCCUAAACAGGCAAAGACUAUGUUGGACCCUGCAGCCAGCCCCCUCUCCUCUCCCACCCAAAAUGAGGCAGAAGACUCUGCUGCUUCUGCUGCCCUGUUGUCUACAGAGGAAGUGGCUGUCCAAGGUCCUGCUGUCCUCCCUACCUCACCCUCUGCAGUAGACAAGGUAUCCCCCAGCCCAGAAGGCCCCCAAUCACCUGUGCCAUUGGGAGCAGAGGACAACCUGCCGUCCCAGCUUGUUCCCAAUUCCAGCAAGGACAAGAUGCCAUCAGAGCCAUCAAGGGACGAGGAUGAGAUGGCCUUGACAGCAGAUCUGGAGAUUUUCUUGGAUACCCUACGGAGCAUGGAGCCCCCUGAGAUCCUUCGCACACAUCGGCUGCCACGAGCCCCACGCUCUUCCUAUCUGGCCAUGUACGCCACACUGCCUGCUAUCGAGGAGGACCAGCCUGGGCCGUGGGUGCUGGGACCCAGGCCCCAUGAGGUGCCUGCUCUGGAGAAGGAGGAGAAGGAGGGGAAAGAAGAGGAGGAAGAGGAAGAACUAGAGAACCCCUACCUGAGCGAUGAUGAGAAGCUUCAGCACCGGCAGGAGAAGGCAAAGUCUGGCCCAUCUUGGGACCCCCACCCUGCCAAGCCUCCUCAGGACUUCUGCUCCCCUCUGGAAAUGAUGAAAAAGCAUGUAGCAGGCACCAAAGGCUCCCACUCAGAGCUGGGGCUGGAUGGGCAGCUGGGCAGCAGGCUCACUUCCCGUCUUGGAGGUAGCCUUCUGUUUGGUGGUCUGAUGUUAACCACCAAGGAGACACCCACCCUGGAGCCACUGGGCACAAAGCUCUCCGCCCUGCCGCCUCACAGGGCGCCAGGACUAAAGAAGGUGCUGGGACAGUUGCCCCUGCUCUGCAGUGAAAAGCCAGCGCCAGAGAGGCCAUCCCGAGCCCAGCGUCCGGAGGGGUGGAGCCCAGCAUUGAAGAUCCAGGGCAAGCUGAACACCAGACCUGGAAAGAUUAUUCUCUUCUCAGAGCCCAGCUGUCAAGGCAGGAGCAAAGAGGUUUGGGAAGAUACUGCUGACACCUCAGACUGGGGCCUCGUGGCCUCCGUAAGGGUGGUGCGAGGCAGCUGGGUGCUAUAUGAAGAGCCAGAGUUCCGGGGCCAGAAGCUGGUCCUGCUAGAAGGAGAUGUGGAACUCCAAGGCCCAGGAAUAGUGUGGAGUCCCCAAGGCAUCGGCUCCCUGAGGAAGGCUGUCCAGCACUACAGCACCCCAGAGAUCAGCCUGUUCUCUGAGGAGGACCUCAAGGGAGAGCAACUAAAGCUAACCCAGGCCUUGGAGGACCCCCAGAGUUUGGGGACACCCCUGCAGGUGGCAUCUAUUACUGUCUCCGCAGGACUGUGGCUGCUGUACUCCAAACCCUUCUUUGAGGAUACUCCCUGUAUCCUGGAGCCUGGAAAUUACCACAACUUGGAGGCCUGUGGCAUCUCUGACCCAGUUGUGGGCUCCCUGAAGCCUGUGACAUUGGGUUGCCCCAGCGUGGAAAGGCCAGGGGAGCCCAAGGCUGUGGUGUAUGAGGCCCCAGAUUUCCAGGGCCGGAGCUGGGAAGUGAGCCGGGACAUCUACAACUUGCAGCAGCCUGAGGACAGCCAGAGCCCCAACCUGGCCUCUGUUGGGUCCCUGCGGGUCCUUGGGGGCUGCUGGGUGGGCUACGAGAAGGAGGGCUUCCGAGGCCACCAGUACCUGCUGGAGGAGGGGGAGUACGCCGACUGGUCACACUGGGGAGGCUACGAUGAGGUGCUGACAUCUCUGCGGGUCAUCCGAACGGAUUUCGGGGACCCGGCCUUGGUGCUGUUUGAGGCCAUGGAUUUCGAGGGGCCUGGAGUGGAAGUGAGCGAGGCGUUGUCAGACGUGGAGCUAGCAGGCCACGGGCCGAGCACUCAGGCCAUUAACGUGCUCAGCGGCGUCUGGGUGGCCUAUCAGGAGGUGGGCUUCUCUGGCGAGCAGUACGUGCUGGAGAAGGGCGUGUAUCGCAACUGCGACGACUGGGGCUUGGGCAACAGCGCCCUCGCCUCGCUACAGCCGGUCCUGCAGGUCGGGGAGCACAAUCUGCACUUUGUAUCAAAGAUUCAGCUUUUCUCCAGCCCCAAUUUCCUUGGCGACCACAUCUCCUUCGAGGAUGACCAGGCCUCUUUGCCCCUCUCCUUCCAGCCCCAGUCCUGCCGGGUCCACGGUGGCAGCUGGAUCCUGUUUGAUGAGAAGAACUUUGAAGGUGACCAGCACAUUCUCUCUGAGGGCGAAUUCCCCACUCUAACAGCCAUGGGCUGCCUGGCUUCCACAGUGCUGGGCUCUCUACAGAAGGUACCUCUGCACUUUUCAGAGCCCUCCAUUUUCCUGUAUGGACUGGAGUGUUUUGAAGGAAAGGAGAUUGAGCUCAAUGGUGAGGUGCGGAGCUUGCAAGCUGAGGGCUUCAACAACCAUGUGCUGUCUGUGCGGAUCAAGGGGGGCAUCUGGGUGCUGUGUGAGCAUAGUGACUUCAGAGGCCGCCAGUGGCUGGUGGGCAGCUGUGAGAUCACCAACUGGCUGACCUAUAGCGGCACCCAGAGGGUGGGCUCCCUCUACCCCAUCAAGCAACGCCGGGCUUAUUUUCGCCUCUGGAAUGCAGCCCUGGGGGGAUUCCUGGCGGUUCCGGACCAUGUGGAAGACAUGAAGGCAGGCCGGGUGGUGGUAUCUGACCCUAGAGCUGGAGGCAGCUGCGUCUGGUACUACGAGGAUGGGCUACUGAAGAAUCAGGUGGCCCCCACUAUGAGUCUGCAGGUCAUUGGGUCUCCCAGCAAAGGCUCCAAGGUGGUACUUUGGGCUGAGAGCCGCCUGCCCCGCCAGACAUGGAGCAUCAAGGAAUCAGGCCACAUCUACAGCCAGAUGUUUGAAGAUCGGAUCCUGGAUGUAAAGGGAGGCCGGGGCUAUGACCGGGACCACGUGGUGCUUUGGGAGCUGGCCAGGGACAGGCCCUCUCAGAUCUGGACCAUCCACGUGCUUUGACCCUCCCUACACCACCACUGCCACUGGGGCCCUGGAGGCU